GAUCCGAUCUCCAUCCCGCCGCCCUCGUCCUUCCAGGCCCUCCUCCAGUCGCACUCGGGCUCCCUCGACAGCUUUCGUGUGCUCUGUCCUGGUUCAAGCCGAACACAGCCAACCUCCUCUUGCUCCAUCAUGGCACUCGCCCUCGACAAGAAGCGAAUUCCUGGCCCGGCCAAAUCCUUCGUACCGCUGCUGGAGCCCGGAUCGCUGACACAGCAGCCUUUCACACCCGAGAAGCGCCAGGACGGACGAUCGGCCCACCAGAUCCGGCCAUUCUUCUCCAAGAUCGGUGCCAUCAAGCAAGCCAACGGAUCGGCCUACAUCGAGUUUGGGAACCUCAAAGUGACUUGCAGCGUAUAUGGGCCUCGCCAGGGCAAGACCAAGACUGCCGAUCGCGGCCAGCUGAACUGCGAUUUCAAAUUUGCCCCGUUCUCAUGCUCACGACGCCGCGGAUACCCCAAGGACCCGGUUGAGAAGGAGUUUGGCAUCCUCAUCAAGCAGGCUCUGUCGCCCGCCGUUCGAUUCGAGACCUUUCCAAAGUCGACGGUCGACAUCUUUGUCUAUGUGAUCGAGAGUGACGGAACAGCCUCAUGUCUGGCGGCAGCAAUCACUUGCGCAUCGCUGGCGCUUGCCGAUGCCGGUAUCGAAAUCAAAGAUCUGGUCGUUGCGUCGUCAGCGGGGUUCUUUGGCGAACAGAUUGUCCUGGAUUGCUCGACAAAGGAAGAGUCGCUCCAGACGGGCUCGCUGACGCUCUCGUUUAUGCCCUCGCUGAACGAAGUCACGCAUGUGCUCCAGUCGGGCGAAGUUGCGCCGGAGGCGGCGUUUCAGGGAAUGGAGCUCUGCGUCGAUGCCUGCUCCAAGAUCCGACCCGUCCUGGACCAGACCCUGGCUGGACAAUACGAGCACCGCACCUCCAUUUAAAGCGCCGUUCUUCAUUCCUCCCUCCCACACUCGCUCCAGAGAGGGUCUGUGUCUGACUAGUUGCCCUGACGACAGGGUGGUCUCGCCAAUACAAAAGUCGCCUCAAUACAUUUAUUUCAUGGACUGGCCAGAACCGGCGGUAUGGCACAGCAGCCAGUCCGGACCCAGCCACAC